AUGAAUCUCCUCUACUAUGUUAUAGAUGUCAUCCAUCAGGCCGCUGACUGGUUACUGACCACUGUCAAACUCGUCCAGAACCGAGAAGUCGGCUGGCAAACUCUCGAUCGCAAAACGGGCAUAUUCAAGCGCGAGCAGCAACCGAUUUACAAGAAAGUGAAGUUGUGGUUACUCUUCAGUCGACCACUCGAAUGGAUCGACCGAACCCAGCUGAUGCGGAAAUGGAUUCACGACAAAAGCAUCGAGGCGGGUCGGGAGGAGGCCACGAAGAGCUCGCAUGAGCAGAUUAAGAGCUUCGUCGAGUUCUACGGCAUCAACAUGGACGAUUUCAUUCCGUCGAAUAUCGAGGAGUAUGGUUCAUUCGAGGACUUCUUUGUGCGAAGACACAAGAAGGAGUCGAGGCCGAUACAUGACGAAGGGGAUCCGACCAAGGCCGUCGUGGUCGCGGACUGUCGACUGGUGGUGUACGACAGCGUGGCCGAGAGCAAAAAGCUGUGGAUCAAGGGCAAAGACUUCACUAUUGGUAACCUCAUCGAGGACGACGAGUUGGCCAAGAGCUGGCAUGAGGGGGCGAUAGCGAGCUUCCGACUGAGUCCGCAGGACUAUCAUCGAUACCACUCCCCCGUCAACGGCACGGUGCAGUGGUUCAAGCGAAUGCCUGGCGAAUACUACCAGGUCGAUCCACUGUGCCUCAGAAGUGAUAUCGAUAUCCUGACAUCCAAUGCUCGGUGCGCAGUGUGCAUCAACAGCAAGGAGUUUGGAAAAGUCUUGUUUGUGGCAAUCGGCGCAACCGACGUCGGCACGGUGGAGAUCAAUGAGAAAUUCCGCACGGCGGGCACUCACGUGGAGAAGGGCGAGGAGAUCGGAUUAUUUCAGUAUGGUGGUUCGAGUAUCGUCGUUGCCUUUGAACAAGGGCGAAUCGAGUUUGAUGAGGACCUUGCAAGCGUGAGCAGGCAGUUGAUCAUGAUGGAUGUGGAAUUGAGCAUGAGUCUGGGCCGGGCAAGAACAUCGUCGACCUGA